CAUCACGCUGACCAAUCAGCAGGAGGAGUGCGAGACACAGUAAUUAAUGAGUAAUAAAUUAUGAGAUUAGGAAAAUAAUAAGAGAGAAAAGCAAGUGCUUUUUCAAAAAUCAGUACAAGUGUGGAGAUUUUAAUAAUAAGGUGGAGGAGAGGGAAAGGAAGAGAAAGAGAAAGGAAAGAGAAGGAAGCAAAAAGUGUGGUAUUGGGUGGUUACAAGGAGAAGCAAGAAGCGUUGUUGUUGAGUUGUUGUUAAUGAUGUUCAUCGAGAUGCGAGCCGUCUCCUCCGCUGCAAAGGGAAAGGGGGAGGGAACCUUCUCCGUACUCCUCCUUUUUCUUCUUUUGAUUCUCAUUCUUUUCCGCAUUUAAUCUUCUUCUUCUUCUUCUUCUUCUUCUUCUUCCUCUUGACUUCUUGAUUUGUGCGAUUGGUUGUCGUUUUGGAUGGUUUUCGGGUAUUCUUGGAGUGUGCCACUGUUGUGAUGCUCGAAUCGGUUGCCGGAUGCAUUCUUGACGACUCCGGAAUCGGUUAGCUACUGAGGAUUAAUAUUAUCUAGGGUUUUGCUUCUUGUUGUGGAGUUCUGUGUUGAAAUCAAAAAAAAGUGGAAUUCUUCUUCUUUGUUGCUGUAAAUAUUGUAUGAGAUUUGUGCAAUCAAUCUUAGGGCUUUUUUGGUGGUAGUUGUUGUGGAUUUCCUCCUCCGAUAUAUUUUGUGAUUCUUGGAGGAUCAAAGGGAAAACAAUAAUCAGACUCAGUGUGUGAGGGCGUAAAAGAGUUUUGCAAACACAUCCGAAUCACCCACCGUUUUUAUUGUGGGGCUUAUCGAUUUUUCACUUGUAUUGAUUUUCUUUUUUUGAAUUGUUUUACAGCCGGGUAAUUCGGGUCUGAGGUUAAGAGUUAUUUUGUUUCAUCUAAUUUUGUGAAGAAAAAAAAAAAAAAAGUAAGAAGAUACUAAAUUUAGAAAAGGAGGGAGGAGGUAUACGAAUCUGAUAGGACCAUUGGUGUUUUAUGGGAAUAACCGAUAGUUCACUAUUAGAUCUCAUACAGAAAGUUAGGUGUUGGAUUUCUUGGGUAGCAAGCGAACAACCGUGUUUGUCCAGGAACUUUGAAAUGUCUGAUAAGGCCUGCAAGAUGUGUUGUGGGUGCAAAACAAGCCUUACUGAGAUUUCUGAUAGAUACCAUUGCCAAAGCUGUGGCGGCUGGUUGUGUGGGAAAUGUAUUCGGGGUUAUGAAUUUGUGGUUGUGGAAUCGGAUAGUGUGAAGAGCAAGGGUGGUGAGGGUGGUCGGGGAACUAUCAAGUCCUGCAAGUCUUGCUCUAAUGGUGGGAGGAAGUUCAGUGAGAAAGUACAUCCUUCUGCCUCUCCCCAAGAGAGCCCCCGAGAAAGCCCCGAGCCACCAUCACCUUGUUUUAGUGAUCACCUCGCCCACUAUCUUGAAACCAGGGAGUAUGGGUAUUCUCCCCAUGCAAUGAUCAGCAGGAGCAUGCCCUCUUUUAGUGGCCACCCAUCUCCUGUAUCAGUUCGUCACUCUCCCUGCAGGAGCGAUGAAGAUGAGGCAGAGGAUUCUGUGAAGCAAUUUUUCAGCCCAUCCGGUGAAUACUGUCGUGACAACUCAGAUAUAGAGUCAAGUAGUCUUAGUUCUAGACGUGAUUUUUACAGUUGUAGGUCGGUGGGAUCAAGUCCUUCAGACAGCCCCUCUAGGAUUAAUUUUACUUCUAGUAGAGCUGGGCAUUCUGUACAGCAGGGGCAAGAGGGAAGCCCUAUUUCUCAGAAUGAUGGUCCCUUUAAUCAAGAAACCAUGGCUGUUUUGAGAAAGCCUGAUUUAGGGUCUGAGGAUCCAGAUAACAAUGAUGAUUGCUCGGAUGACUUGUCAAUUUUUCGAAGCCAGUAUGAGAAGUCUCAAAGGCCAUUGGAUUUUGAAAACAAUGGUCACAUCUGGUUUCCGCCACCGCCUGAUGAUGAAAAUGAUGAGGCGGAGAGUAAUUUCUUUUCAUACGACGAUGAAGAUGAUGAUAUUGGGGAUUCAGGUGCAAUGUUCUCAUCUAGUAGCAGCCUUUCUAGUAUUUUUCCAGCAAAGGAAAAACAGAACGAGGGUAAUAAGGAACCUCUUAGAGCUGUAGUACAGGGGCAUUUUAGGGCUCUGGUGUCACAGCUCUUACAGGGUGAAGGUAUUAAAGUGGGCAAAGAGAAUGGCGCUGAGGACUGGCUUGACAUAGCUACAUCAAUAGCAUGGCAAGCAGCAAACUUUGUUAAACCAGAUACUAGCAGAGGAGGCAGCAUGGAUCCGGUUGCCUACGUAAAGGUUAAAUGUAUAGCAUCGGGAAGCCCAAGUGAGAGCACCCUCAUAAAGGGAGUAGUCUGUACCAAAAAUAUAAAGCACAAGCGCAUGACCUCACAAUACAAAAAUCCUAGGUUACUUCUUCUAGGGGGAGCACUCGAAUAUCAGAAAGUUCCUAACCAGUUAGCAUCAUUUGAUACAUUACUACAGCAGGAAAAUGACCAUCUCAAGGGGAUUAUUUCAAAGAUUGAGGCUCUGCGACCAAAUGUUCUGUUGGUAGAAAAAAGUGUAUCUUCAUAUGCCCAAGAUCAGCUGCUAGCAAAGGAAAUCUCAUUAGUGCUGAAUGUAAAGAGGUCAUUACUGGAGCGUAUAGCCCGCUGCACUGGUGCUCAUAUUACUCCCUCAGUAGAUAAUAUUUCUACGGCACGGUUGGGACAUUGUGAACUGUUUCGUGUAGAUAGACUUUCUGAAGAACUCGAGUCUACAAAUCAGUUCAACAAAAAACCUUCUAAAACCUUGAUGUUUUUUGAAGGUUGUACAAGGCGUUUAGGUUGCACGGUCUUGCUGAAGGGCAUCUGUCGUGAAGAACUCAAGAAAGUUAAACACGUUGUUCAAUAUGCAGUGUUUGCAGCCUAUCAUUUAUCUCUUGAGACAUCCUUUCUUGCUGAUGAGGGUGCUAGUCUGCCUAAGAUGACUCUGAAACACUCAAUUUCUGUGCCGGAGAGAACAACUACCGAUCUUGUUAUUUCUGCAGUCUCCAAUUCUCUUGCUUCAACCAGUUGCCAAGCAGUGGCUGAUGGCUCUGUCCAAGAUGAAGAAGUUGUGGGUCUCAACCUGGAACUUGAAGGAUUGAAAUUAUUGUCUAAGCAUCUUGAUACUGUUCGUCCAUUGUCAAUUGGUUCCAUGAACUGUAAGGUUGGAAAUGCAUCAUCUGAUGCUUGCUAUGAUGAUUUAGCUUCUAGUGUGGGUUUGGAGUCCUGCUUUUCAAAUCUGUGCAUGGACUUAAAGGGAGCCACUCCACUUCCUUCUGUUAUCAUAAAUCUUUCCCAACCAGAACCACAGGAAUCUGUGGCCCAAGAGCAUGAGCAAACUGGAGAGAUGAAUGAAUUGAGAAAAUCUGAAAGGGUGGAAGACAAAGAAAUCUCCAGUGAAUACUUUUCAGCCACGGACACUCAUCAAAGCAUAUUGGUGUCAUUUUCAAGCCAUUGUGUACUGAAAGGAACUGUAUGUGAACGCUCUCGGCUCCUGCGCAUAAAGUUCUAUGGUUGUUUCGAUAAGCCUCUGGGGAGAUAUCUUCGUGAUGAUUUGUUUGAUCAGACAUCUUCCUGUCGAUCAUGUAAAGAGCCAGCUGAGGCACAUGUCCUAUGUUACACCCAUCAGCAGGGAAAUCUUACAAUCAAUGUGAGAUGCCUUCCCGCUUUAAAGCUACCUGGGGAGCAGGAUGGGAAGAUAUGGAUGUGGCACCGAUGUCUAAGGUGUGCCCAUGUAGAUGGAGUUCCACCAGCGACUCGUAGAGUAGUUAUGUCGGAUGCUGCCUGGGGACUUUCUUUUGGAAAGUUCUUGGAACUUAGCUUCUCAAACCAUGCAACUGCUAACCGUGUUGCACCUUGUGGUCAUUCAUUGCAGAGGGACUGUCUUCGUUACUAUGGGUUUGGGAGCAUGGUUGCAUUUUUCCGCUAUUCCCCUAUUGAUAUUCUUUCUGUUCAUUUACCGCCAUCAGUGCUCGAUUUCAAUGGCAAUUUGCAACAUGAGUUUACGAGAAAAGAGGCAGUGGAGCUUGUCGGAAAAAUGGAAACCUUGUAUGCGGAGAUAUCUGAUGUACUUGAUAGCCUGGAAGAAAAAUGUAAAUCUUUUGGACAUAAAUGGUCAGACACAAAUGAGUUACAGGACCACAUCAUGGAGCUGAAAGACCUGCUUAAAAAGGAAAGAAAUGAUUACAACGGUUUGCUACAACUGGCAAUUAUGGAGAGUUCACAAUCAGGCCGGAUGACUGUUGACAUUCUGGAAUUGAAUCGCUUGAGACGCUCUCUUUUAGUUGGUUCACAUGUUUGGGAUCGGCAGCUGUAUUCAUUGGACUCUCUUCUUAAAAAGAGUUCCAUUUCAAAGACUUCACAAGGGAAUGCAUUCUAUGCCCAGCUGAAAGAGCUGAAAAGUGAAUCAUCUUAUAAGGAUGGCAGCAAUCUUGACUUUGUGCAUGAAGAGGAUAACUCCAAAUCUUCAAAAUUACAGGAGCCUCCUGGAAAUGAUUUGCAGUUUGUGAAUGACGAGCCUAAUUUACCACCCAUUGAACCGCAUAUUGCUGAAGACAACAUUUUAACCGCAUGUCAUCAUAACAGAGAGGAGGAAAUACGUUCAGAUGGGGAAGCUACUGUAAAUAAGACACUAUCUAAAAGCUUGUCUUCCCAUGUUUCUAAUCUGUCUGAGAGAAUAGAUUCUGCUUGGACAGGUACUAAUCAACUUGUAAUGAAUGCUCAACCUAUUCAUACAUCACAUGCAGAUGGACUCCAAGCUGGAUGUGGGAGGCAGGUUAGUCAAAAUGACAAUCCUCCUUUUAGAAGGCUUAUGACGCCGAUGAGAGUUCAUUCCUUUGAUUCGGCGUUAAGAGUCCAAGAGAGAAUUAGGAAAGGGCUGCCUCCCUCUUCAUUGCAUUUGUCGACAUUUAGAUCUUUCCAUGCUUCUGGAGAUUACCGGAGUAUGGUGAGAGAUCCUGUUUCCAGUAUGGUGAGGACUUACUCCCAAAUAUUUCCACAAGAGAUACAAAAGUUAAAUUCAAUACUUGGUUCCACGACCUCGUUUCUCUCCUCUGCAUCUCAUAUAGCUGAAGGGGCUCGGUUGCUGCUUCCCCAAACUGGCCACAGCGAUAUAGUUAUUGCUGUUUAUGACAAUGAACCUACUAGCAUAAUUUCAUAUGCCCUUAGUUCCAAGGAGUACGAUGACUGGGUGGCUAACAAGUUGAAUGAGCAUGAAGGAAGCUGGAGUCCUCAUGAGAGCAAUAAAGAAGAUUCUGCUGCUUCCACCAUUUCUGCCUGGCAGUCUUUCGGCUCGGUGGAGUUUGAUUAUAUUCAUUAUGGUAGUUAUGGAUCUGAAGAUGCUUCGUCAUCUGUGGGUACGCUUUUUAAGGAUCCCAAAAGAUCUCCGCAUUUAACAAUUUCUUUUGGGGAUGAGUCAUCGACUGCUGGAGGCAAAUUAAAGUUUUCAGUCACUUGUUACUUUGCCAAGCAGUUUGACGCUCUUAGGAAAAAAUGCUGCCCUAGUGAAGUGGAUUUUGUUCGAUCCUUGAGCCGCUGCCGGAGAUGGAGUGCACAAGGGGGAAAAAGCAAUGUAUAUUUUGCCAAGUCAUUGGAUGAAAGGUUCAUCAUCAAACAAGUUACAAAGACAGAGUUGGAUUCCUUUGCGGAUUUUGCACUAGAAUAUUUUAAAUAUUUGACAGAUUCUCUUUGCUCGGGAAGCCCAACUUGCCUUGCCAAAAUUCUUGGUAUUUAUCAGGUCUCUGUUAAACACCUGAAAGGUGGUAAGGAAACAAAAAUGGAUUUGAUGGUGAUGGAGAACCUUUUUUUCAGGAGAAGAAUCUCAAGGGUCUAUGAUCUUAAGGGCUCUUCAAGAUCCCGUUAUAAUCCAGAUACGUCAGGGACAAACAAAGUACUGCUAGAUAUGAAUUUGUUGGAAACGUUGCGUACGAAACCCAUAUUUCUUGGAAGUAAGGCAAAGAGAAGCCUAGAAAGAGCUGUCUGGAAUGAUACAUCCUUUUUGGCGUCUGUGGAUGUUAUGGACUACUCGCUGCUGGUUGGGGUGGAUGAUGAGCGAAAAGAGCUGGUUUUAGGGAUCAUUGAUUUCAUGAGGCAGUAUACCUGGGAUAAGCAUUUGGAGACAUGGGUGAAGGCAUCAGGGAUACUUGGUGGUCCAAAAAAUGCUUCCCCAACAAUUAUUUCUCCCAAGCAAUACAAGAAAAGAUUCCGAAAGGCAAUGACUACUUAUUUUCUCACGGUACCUGAUCAAUGGUCUUCAUGAGGGUUUUUUUUUUUAACACUCCAGAAGGCAUCUUUUCCUUAAUAAAGUGGAAAGGGGGGAUUUAAAUUGCAGAUAACUGAAAAAGAAAGAUCCCCUCUAUAUGAUUUUUUUUUUUUUUUUUUUUUUUAAAUUAUUUGUAUAUGGCCAGAAAUAGCCCAAACGAGAGAUUUUACACAUAAAAAGAGUUCUCUACUUCUUUGUCUUGAAAGUGCCGCCUCUUUCUUAAUGAAUUCCCUUCAACUCU